UAUGAAAUGAAAUGAAAAGAAAAGAAAAGAAAUGGUAUAAAUAAAUACAAGUACAAGGCGUGCUAUAAGCUAUGCUUAAUACGGGAGAUGUCUGGUCUGGUCUGGCCUGUGACUGUCUGCACACUAUCUUAGCCACAGGUGUACGCAAAGAUAUGGUCCGACCCAGAUAUUGAUCAAAAGCAUCAAUGAAAGAAAAAGCAUCCAUCGAUUCAUUCAUACAUAUAUAUAUUGUCAACGUUAUUUCAUUCUACAGAGAGGACCUGUCAGCAAAAUAUUGACACUUCACUUCCGGAGGAGAUACAAGAAGAAGAAGAAAGAAGAAUAAAUAUACUUUUGUAAUUAUUACUACUAUAUAUCUAUAUGACAGACAUAGACACAGUCCUAUUCCUAUACUAUGUAUAAUCAAUUAACAACAUUCAUUUAUGAUUUGAGAAUAGCUAGAUACCCUUUUUAAUACUAGACCAGAGACGACGAAGAAGAAACAAUAAAGAAAGCUGCUCAACAAAAAUCCAAAACCACCCACCACCAGCGUAGUAGUCUUCUCACACGCGUCUCAAAGACUCCAGCUUUUUUCCAAAAACCUCUGCUUUUUGGACAGUUCUCUUUUAAUUACAAGCUUAUCUUUCUUUACUGCCCUUCCUGGAAUCCCUUUUUUAAUCUCUCUUCAGACCCUACAGUAUUUUUCAAUCUUUUUUUUCUUCUGAACUUGGGAUUAAUGUCUACACCGGCGCCGCCGACGACGGUUGCCCCUGCUGGGAAAGACGAAAAGCGCCGGCCACUGGCUGCUCAUGAGGACAUGGUCAAGGAUCCGGCUGUGUUCUGGGAUGCUCUCAGUGUAUUCCAUUCUCAUAAAGGAACAAAAAUUAUGGUUCCUGUGAUUGGAGGAAAGGAGCUGAAUUUACAUGUUUUGUACGUGGAGGUUACCAGCAAGGGUGGCUACGACAAGGUAGUGUUGGAGAAGAAAUGGAGGGAAGUAAGCUCUGUUUUCAGUUUCUCCCCGACAACGACAAGUGCUUCGUAUGCAUUGAGAAAACACUAUUUCAGUCUUCUCUACCAUUUUGAACUAGCCCAUUUCUUACACCGUGAAUUCUCACUUGACUCUUCCUUAACAGCUAUUGGAACAAUCGAUGGGAAAUUUGAUUGUGGAUACAUGGUGACAGUAAAGCUAGGAUCUGAGACACUCAACGGAGUUCUUUACUAUCCUGACGAAUCGUCCAGCAGUACUACUCCGGUGCCGGUAAAACCCUGCACGGCCAUUGUUCCCUUCAAUAUAAAGGAGACAGGAGGGGUCAAGCGAAGGAGCAGGAGAAGGAAAAGGGGUGGUGAUCCUAAUCGGCCAAAACCCAAUAGAAGCGGUUACAACUUCUUCUUUGCUGAAAAGCAUGCCUCUCUAAAAACAAUGUACCCGGAGAAGGAAAAGGAAAGACAGUUUACUAAAAUGAUAGGUGAAUCAUGGAACAAGCUCACUGCAGAAGAAAGGGUGGUAUAUCAGAACUAUGGAUUGAAAGAUAAAGAAAGGUACCAGAGAGAAUUGAAGGAAUAUACAGAUAGGAUGAAAAUGGUGGCUGCUGCGGGGGAGGGGUGUAGCGUGUCCAAGGAAACUAAUAAUUAAUUAAUUAAUCAUGUCUCUGUAAAACUUAUUAUUAUCAUUUCAUUUGUAUGUUGUUUCUUCCAAAGACAUUUUCAUUUGAGGACCAAUUAAUUUCUAGUUAUCUCUUUAUUUUCAUC